AGGAACCCAUGGCUUAACAAGACGGAGAUAUAGCUACGAUUUCCUGCCACCUAACAGCCGAGAUCUCAGGAUUAUGCUUUUUGGAGCAACUCUGUCAAGCAAGGGGCAACUCUGCAACUUUAUUCUAGAAAAAACAAGUUCAGAAAUGUCCUCCACAUCUAAUCAAACCAAAUUAGUUGAAAAGGGGCUAUGGAAAGGGAAGGUCUUAACUAUUGUGACACCUCCAGAAAGUAAGAUGGGAAAAGUAAAGAAAGACGACCUGAAAAGAUGCAUUGAUCUUUGUCCUCCUGGACCAAAUGUUCUACUGCUCUUAGUAAAACCUUCAGACUUUACAGAGAAGGACAGCCGGACUCUGAGGGCCACCCUGAGUUUGUUUGGUGAAGAUUCCUUUAAACACUCAAUGGUUAUCAUAACUCAAGAAGGUAAUAGAACAAGUUUUGCUCUUAAUUCCCUAAUAAGAGAAUGUGAAGGUAGACAGUACAGCCUGGCUGAAAAUAAUUACCAGAAAUUAAUGGAGAAGAUGGAAGAUAUAGUGAAAAGACACAGCAGUGCCUUCCUUAGCAUCAAAGAGGAUGGAGCAGCAUCAAAAUGUGACCCGUCAUUGCCAGCCAUAAAUCUGGUUUUGUGUGGGAGUAGUGGAUCACAGAAGACCUCAGCAGCCAAGGCCAUUCUAGGUCAGACAGAUCUUCAUUCAGCCUCCAGCUCAUCAGAGUGUGUUAGAAACCAGGGAGAGGUUCAUGGACGUUGCGUUUCUGUGGUGGAACUUCCUGCCUUGUGUGAAAAAGCUCAGCAGGAAGUGAUGGAGGAAUCAUUCAGGUGUAUCUCCCUCUGUGAUCCUGAGGGUGUUCACGCCUUCAUCCUGGUCCUACCUGUGGGUCCCCUCACUGAUGAAGACAAGGGAGAGUUACAGACCAUCCAGGACACAUUCAGCUCUAGAGUCAAUGAAAACACAAUGAUUCUGUUCACUGUUGAGUCAGAUCCUACAGCUCCAGCUGUGGUUAAAUUAUUUGAACAGGAUAAUAACAUUAAAGAGCUUAUUAAGAGAUGUGGCGGAAGAUAUCUUGUGGUCAAAAGUAGCGACAGAAGGCAAUUUUCUGCUGUGAUAGAUUUUGUGGAUAAAAGAAAACAAACCAAAUACACAUCAGGAAACCUCAUAGAAGCCUACUUAGAUAAAAUUCAAAAAGAGAAAAACACCAUGGGACGGCAGAGCCACCUUUCAAAUCUACCAUCGCAGACUGGGUUCAGUGGAGGUAAGGACAAGUGGACAUAUGAGUGCCUCAGGAUUGUUCUGAUUGGAAAGACUGGAUGUGGGAAAAGCUCUUCAGGAAACACUAUCCUGGGCAGAAAGGAGUUUGAAGCCAAACUAAGUCAAAAGUCCGUCACAAAGUGUUGUAAGAAAUCCCUGGCUGAUGUGGACGGUCGUCCUGUUGCUGUGGUGGACACUCUUGGUUUGUUUGAUGACAGCUUUUCACAUAAAGAAGUACAACAAGAAUUACUGAAAUGUAUCAGCCUUCUAGCCCCAGGUCCACAUGUCUUCCUGGUGGUGGUACCAAUUGGAGGAAGACUCACUCCAGAGGAGGAAAAGACAUUAGAACUUAUUAAAGAAGGUUUUGGGAGGAAUUCUGAAAAGUACACCAUUAUCCUUUUUACAAAAGGAGAUCAUCUUCAAGGUUCACAGUCUAUUGAAGAUUAUAUCGAAAAUGAGUGUAAUGACAGAUUCAAAAAGCUGAUUGCUGAUUGUGGGGGAAGAUACCAUGUACUUGACAACAGUGAUAUCCAAAACCGCAGACAAGUAAAAGAGCUGAUCAAAAAAAUUGACAUCAUGGUGGCUAAAAAUGGAUGCUUCACCAAUGAGAUGCUGCAAGAGGCAGAAACAGCCAUAGAAGAACAAUAUCAGCAAAUCCUAAGUGAGAAAAAUGAAGAAAUGGAGAAAGAAAAGAAGAAAAUAGAAGAAAAAUACAUAAAUGACAAGAAGGAGAUGGAAAGAAAAAUGAAAGAAGAAAGAGCAAAAAUUAAAAAAGAGCUCAAGAAGAAAAAUGAGAAAAUUAAGGAGAUCAAGAAAAGACUUCAGCAGGCUGAAGAAGAAAAGAGAAGGGAACAAGAGCUGAGAAAAGAAGAAGAAGCCAAACGGGAACGUGAUGACCUUUCUAAUGUUUCAGAUCUUAGAUGUGAUUAUGAAAGUGCGAUGCAAGAUUACAAUUACACACUGGAGAAGAAUGAAAAAAUGAAAGAAAAGGAGAGCAUAUAUUUGGGGGAAUUAGACUGUAUAUUCAGGCAAAAUUUGGAAUAUAUAAUUGAAACAUAUAGGAAGGACGCACGACAAAAAGCUGAAGAGCUUAAUGAGUUCAAAAACAAAUAUCUUCAAGACUUUGCAGCUCAGAAACAAGACCAUGAAACACAGAUAAAACAAAAAGAUAAAGAUUAUAACAUGCUAUUGGCCCUGAAACAGAUCACUGAAAAGCAUAGAAGAACCCAAUACAGAACAGACAUCACUGACAUGGUGGAAUGUGUGUCCAAAAAGAGAGAGAAUCUGAGAAAAAUAAGAGAAAUGCUGUCAAAACAAGCAGAUGAGAUGAAAAAGGCCAUCACUCAACAAGAAAUCACACAACUGGAGAAAAAUCAUGACAAAGAACUCAGGGAACUUAUUCGGCGUCUUCUGAAAAAACCAGAAAAUCUGUACGAAUGGAUUGAAUGACAGAUGGUGCCAGCAUUACACAGGGAACAUGAACCCAUGACCCAGGAUUUAUAUCAAUGGGCAUCAACAACCAAGAAAACAACCAAAAUACAAGGACAGACUUUCUGAUCUCUUUAUGAUCACUCUCUACAGCAACAUUGAUAUGAAAGAUUAUUUUUUAUAUAUUGAAUAUUUGGUGUAGAAAUAUGUCCAUGAUUUUUAAACUUUACUAUAGUUAAAUUUUUAUCAUAAUAAGUUUAACCACUGAUGUAAAUAAAAGUUCAGCUGUUGAGCUACAUGUGUGCUGUUGUUAAAUAAAUAUAUAAAAAUAAAUAUAUAAAAAAAUAUAUUUUGAAAAGUCAGCAAAAGCUCAAAGCUAUAAAACUAUGUGAAUAUAUUCAUACUACUGAAAAUGUAUAAACACAUUAUGAUGAUACUGUAUUUUAUUGGGUUGUCUUUUUACAGAAAAGAAAAGGCAUAUUUGAAAAGUGAAAUUAAUAGUUUUUCCAACUUCUGUAAAAAUAACACUCAGAGCUCAAACUCAUGUUUAUUUGCAAAUGUCUUUGCAAAUAAACAUAAAUACAUUUUGCAUAUUCCCAUCAUUAUGGUAUUAAGCACUGCUGCUCUGGUGCAAACCAUGUAAUUCCCUCAUAUAGUCAAAAAACUGUUUUUCCAAUUCCCCUUUGACCACAACUAAACCAUAAUGAGACAACGUGUAUUUUAAGGUUUCUUGCAAUUAAAACUUUAGAAGCUGUUUAGUUUGAUUAAAUAGUCUGAUUAACUGUUUUAUUAUUACAUACUUAGGGACUUAGACAUUAUACUGAAUGUUGGGUAUUGAUUAAGUUUUGAAAUUAAAGCAAUAUUUGUAUUAAAAUAUUUUUUUUGCAUUUUGGUAUUUUCUUUUAUUAUUUCCCUUUUUAUAUUUACUUUUAUUUUUCCUUCUUUGCAUUUUUUUUCUUCUUGGCAAUGCUUUGAAGUUUUCAACAUGUUAACCUUUCUUUUUGUGUUUUUUCUUUCCUUUUUAUCCAGUGAAGUAUUUUGGAUUGCUUAAUGAAUAAUGGUUGCUUUAUAAAUAAAUUUGCCUUUCAAAUAAAUAUAAUGUACUAGAUCUUAUUUUUGUCUAAAGAACCUCGGUCUGAAUCAUUUUUU